AUGGAUGAUGUAAUACGUCUUAUUACUCAUUUACUUAAUACAAAAUAUUCAAUUGAUAGAAUAGAUACAAUUACUGAUCAGUUACAAAUUUCAAAAGAUUAUCUUUUACAAUUAAUACAUAAUGAUUCUUAUGAAGAUUAUUUUCAACUAUUACAAACAUCAAAUAAUCGUAAUCAAGGAUCAGAAAAACUAGCUCUUACAUUAGAUCUCUUUUGCUGUACACAUUAUGCACAACAGUGUAAAAAUGAAUCAUGUCCAUUUUUACAUUUAUGUCCUUAUAAUGUAAGACCAAUGCAUACAAAAUGUACCAAUAAAACUUGUCCAUAUGAUCAUGAUAUUCUAAAAAGUAUUCAUAAUCGAAAAAUUAUUGAUGCUCGUGGUUUAUCUUUUAUACCAACACGUAUUCUACAUGAAUUAACUCGAGCAAGUGCUGAUCCACAUCGAUCGUUUUGGGUGUGUACUGAUCAUGGAAAGAAAGGCGGUUGUUCAAGAAAAUCUAAUUGUGAAAAAUUACAUUAUUGUUAUUAUGCUUUAACUGAUGCUUGUACAAAACCACAUUGUCAACAUGUAAUUAAUGAUGCUUGUCUUGCAUAUUUUCGACAGAAAGAGUUAAUUGAACAAGAACAAGAAGAUAUUUUAGAUGCUUUUAGAAAAGUUCUUCAACAACGUAAAUUAACAACUAAUAAAAAACGCUGUACAUCGUCUUCUUCAAAGCGUUCAACACCAAUGGCGUUAGCAAGAGAAUUAUCAUCUUAUGAUGACGUAUUCUCAUCUAAAUCUGACACUCCAUUACCAUCGCCAUUACCUGAACAUGAUCAAGAUAUUCUUCUAUUAGGUUUUUAUGAUAAAAAUGAGUACGAAGAUGCUGAACGUUAUUUAUCCGAUGAAAUUGGAUGUCCAAUUAAAUUAUUAAUAUCUAAAAAUAUCUUAUCAGAAAAUAAAGAAAAACAAAGUUCAAAUAUUCGUGCAAAGCCUAUUUAUUAUUAUUGUCCAACUAAAAAUCCAGCGGAUAUUUUUCAGUUACUUCGUUGGCAAAAUGAAGACAAAGAAUCAGCUAAACCAUUGAUUGUCUAUGCCAGUGUACGCGAUGCACAUGAUGCAGCUGAACAAAAUUUUGAAAAUAAUCAAUUCUGUAUAUUUCGCGUACAUCUUUUUCAUUCCGGUGUUAUUAAUGGAAAUUUAUUACCCGAAAAUCGUCUUCAAUUAAGUGAUCCAUUAACUAUGUGUUUUGAUCGUAUGUGGGUUUAUGUAUACAAUCUUUAG